CUGGGUAUGAUUGACUUUUUUGUAACCCUUGAGAAACUGUUAUGCUUUUGCUAGAAACAGGUCUUAGUACUCUGUUUUCUAGUUCUUUGUGUGCAGUUAAAGAAUGGCUUUAUAUAGAUAUAGCCAUAUACCUAUAUAGCUUGAUUCAGCGCCGUAUUUUUGCUACAACUAUGUAAUUUUUAAGCAUGUGAUAUCCGUAGCCCAAAUUUAGUAGGCCAACCAUUGGUAUCAGGUGUGCAUCAGCCGGGAAUAUAACUCGGGACCAUGUGCAUAGUUGAAGAGGUUCCCAACCACUGUGCCACUGACGGUGAGAACGUAAAGUUUUGCUGCAUUCUUCCGAAAUCUUCAUUAAUAUUGUAUUAACAUGCCCUGAUAUAUGUUUUCAUUUUCUUAUUUUCGUAUCUUAUGUAAUAUCAGCUGUAAUUGGACGUGUUUUUAUCUCGAAACAAAUAUCAGUGUUCUACCAGUUUUCUUACGCUCUAUUUUUUAAAAUUUUACUUAUCAGUUUAUUCUUCUACUACUCACACUCUGUUGAAUUAUUUCAAUAGAUUUCAAUACUCAAGCGAUCCCUUAAGGGUUAAUAUUCAUACAUAUUAAUCAAUAGAUUUGCGAUGAUGACCACAUUUGAAUGCAUCUCUGUGUUUGUUGCACUGCAGUAGUCAAAAAUGUGAACAUACAAUCUUUAAAGAAUUCUCCAGUACUUUUGAUGAUCUUUCCUGAAUGAUGUGGUCACUUGGAGAUAUUUGCAUUUCUAAAACCAAAGAUGAAGUUUAUGAUAUAUUCGUUAUUGAAAAGAUCGAUUCAGAAAACUCAUUGUAUACAAUCCGGUCGAAAAAUUAUACAACUUCAUGUCAACCCUCAGCCAUGCUACGCAUAACACCAAGAAAUAUCAAAUUGUUGUGUACAAAUAGUGAUAUCAUGUCAAGUCUAAAAUCUUUGGAUGAUACAUACUUCAUUACGAAGUUAAAUCAUUUGACAAAUGCUCCACUGUUACAGACUUCAAAUGACAUAAAUCUUGAGGAUAAUGGUAUUCCCCUGUCUUGGAAUAAGGGUGAUUUGUGUAUUUGUACUUGGAGCGAAGAUGAAGCUUAUUACUAUGCUACAAUAUUGGAAGCUGAUCAUGAAAAUAAUAUAUUUACAGUAUCAUUUUGUUAUUAUGAAAAUACCGAAGAGAAAUCCUCUGAGGACCUUUAUCAGAUUAAUUCUGAGUUCAGAGUUUGUGUGAAAGAUGAACUGAACAAGGCAGCUGCGCUUUCAACAAAGGAAUCAUCUGUGAUCACUGAUCAGUGUGCUGAACAAGAGGAUUAUGGUGAUGAAAAUGAAAUAUAUGAGCCCUCUGUCCAGGAUGAGGCGACGAAAUGGAUGAAUGAAAUUUCUUCCUGUUUGCACCAAGUCUCACUUGAAUCCGUUGCUUCUCAUAAUAAAACACGGAAGUCAAAAGUUGUAAAGCCAACUAGACCUGAACUUCUUGAAUUCUCUUCACAUGAAAAUAACUCAGAGUCUACAAAGCAACCCAGUGGAUCGAGUAGAUUACCAUUAGUCAAUACCUCAAACAUUCGAAAACAACUUAACGAGUUACAAUUGCAUCCAUUAUUAUUGAGUUGGUUUAUAUGUGGCUACCAAACUGGGUUCUAUGAAGUAUCUAACAUGCAUUCGUAAUGCCGAAGCAAUCGCCCAUAUUUAAUGUGACUGAAUUGUUUCUAUGUUUUGUGACAUUUAUCAGGCAUUCGAUCUGUAUUUGGUAAAUUCUCAUGUAUAUAAAUUUUUCUACGAAAAUGCGUUGUAAAUUUUCAUGGUGGGGUGUAGGAACUAGAGAAUAAUAUUCAUCCUUUUGUCACCUGACCAAAUGUUGAUGAUGUAUUUCUCAUAAUUUUGAUCUUUUCAUUGAGUUCCAUUCUAGCCACUGAAUAGACUCACUAUUUUACCUAAAAGUUGUAUAGCUUGCCAUCUUUCAUCCACAUUUAUUAUUCGAAUAAUAAUUAAAAUUAAUUCAAUGAAUUAUAUCCUAAAUACUUUUGUGAAGGUAACUAGAUAAAGUUGAUAAUUGUUCAUGUUAUUGGUUUUUGUGAAUUGACUCCACACGCUGGUUCGCCUGCACCAAUCGGAAUUACGGUAAUACCAUAUAAAUUGGGAUCUGUAUGUCUGGGAAGUUAAAAUCAAAGAUGUGGAAAUAUUUGAAGAUAUUUCUCAUGAAUUAGGUUUCUACACUUUGCAAGUCAAAUAACAAUGGGUUU